UCUCUUUAGGUCCUGGUGGUGGCGGUGGCGGCGGCGGUGGCGGCGGCGGUGGUGGGGGCUGGAGGUCGUCUGGGACAAGUUCCCCCGGGCGCUCCCCCAUGGAGGAAGCGGUGCGCACGGCUGCAGCCCUGGAUGCUCACACCUCCCACUGGACGGAAACGAAGGCGGUGGCCGCGCGAGCUCAGGAGUGGGUAGCCGGAGCGGCCUGUGUGGGGGUGUGAGCAGAGGUGACCCGGGCCGGAUAGCGGAGGGGAAGCCGCGCGGCGGGCCUGCCAACUUCGGCUGGAGCUACUCUGCCAGGGCUUAAAACUUUAAAUGAGAAUAAAGGGUUUUAUUUACGAGGAAAUGAGAAUGAAUAAGUCAUCUCUAACCUCUUCCAGCCUUUUAUUCAUAAGAGACCAUAUUAAACUUACAUCUUGGGGACUAAAAGGAAACUAAUGGAAAACGCAAAAGGCUGAGGAUGAGGAGACUCAUUUUCUAAUCCCAGGUCUGCUACUCACCAGCUGCAUGAGAAGUUACUUAACAUUAUCACAUAAUUCUUACUUAGCUGUGGAAUCCUUGAUGACAGGAACUUUUGGUCAUCUUUAUAACACCAGUGCCUGGGACAUGUGCUGCUUAGUGUAUGUUUAUUGAACAGAUUACUACAAAAAUUAAACUGUAACAGUCAGGGGUAGUGGACUGGGACCUUUCACCUGAGUCCCUCUGAGAGGCUCUCCUGGCUGUGAUUGACCUUUAGUUACACAGAGUGGGAACAGAACAUUACCAGAUCUAUAUCAUUGGCUGCUGCUUUGGGAGUUGAACAUCCUUCUGGGUGUUCAUUGUUGUCCCCACGUAGCACGGAGCAACUUCUCUGCGCUUGGAAACAGAUUCUGACUCAUUGCUGUAUUUGAAGACUGCAUCAUCCUGCCUCCAGCACCAACAGUUUCUGUGCUCUUGAUCAAUGUGAUUCACAGUAGCUUUUUAAAUAACAAGCGAAAUGAGCCAGGGGCAUGGAAAGUAUGACUUUUAUAUUGGUCUGGGAUUGGCUAUGAGUUCCAGUAUUUUCAUUGGAGGGAGUUUCAUUUUGAAAAAAAAAGGCCUUCUACGACUUGCCAGAAAAGGCUCCAUGAGAGCAGGUCAAGGUGGCCAUGCAUAUCUCAAAGAAUGGUUAUGGUGGGCCGGACUGCUAUCAAUGGGAGCUGGCGAGGUGGCCAACUUUGCUGCAUAUGCAUUUGCACCAGCCACCCUAGUGACUCCCUUAGGAGCACUCAGUGUCCUAGUAAGUGCCAUUCUUUCUUCAUACUUUCUAAAUGAAAGACUUAAUCUUCAUGGAAAAAUUGGAUGUUUGCUAAGUAUUCUGGGAUCUACAGUUAUGGUUAUUCAUGCUCCAAAAGAAGAGGAGAUUGAGACCUUAAAUGAAAUGUCUCACAAGCUAGGAGAUCCAGGUUUUGUGGUCUUUGCAACACUUGUGGUCAUUGUGUCCUUGAUAUUAAUCUUUGUGGUGGGACCUCGCCAUGGACAGACAAACAUUCUUGUGUAUAUCACAAUCUGCUCUGUAAUUGGGGCAGUUUCAGUCUCCUGUGCUAAAGGCCUGGGCAUUGCUAUCAAAGAGCUGUUUGCUGGAAAACCUGUGCUACAACAUCCCCUGACCUGGAUCCUGCUGCUGAGCCUUAUAGUCUGUGUGAGCACACAGAUUAACUACCUAAACAGGGCCCUGGACAUAUUCAACACUUCUAUCGUGACUCCAAUAUAUUAUGUGUUCUUCACAACAUCAGUUAUAACUUGUUCAGCUAUUCUUUUUAAGGAAUGGCAAGAUAUGCCUGUUGAUGAUGUCAUUGGUACUCUGAGUGGCUUCUUUACAAUCAUUGUGGGAAUAUUCUUGUUGCAUGCCUUUAAAGACGUCAGCUUUAGUCUCUCAAGUCUGCCCGUGUCUUUUCGGAAAGACGAAAAAGCAGUGAAUGGCAGUCUUUCUAGUAUGUAUGAAGUUCUUAAUAAUAAUGAAGAGAGCUUAACCUGUGGAAUCGAACAACACACUGCUGAAAAUAUCUCCCGAAGAAAUGGAAAUCUGACAGCUUUUUAGGAAGAAAGAUGUAAUUAAUCUAUAACUGUUAUAAAAAAGUGAAUCUGAGUAUCAGAAUGUGUCUGAAAAAGCAUUGUUCUCAAAUGAUGUUCUCUAGAGACAAUCCUUUUUUUUUUUAAGGUUUCACUAAUUUGGACCAAGAAAUUACUUAUGUUUAAAUGACGACUCAAUACAUGGCCAAUUUCUAUUAACACUGUAUUAUUGUAGAGUUAUUUUAAAUUUUCCUUCAUCAAAAUCUAAAUGCACUGACAGUUUUAGGUCUAUAAAAAGGCUUUUUCCUCCCACUGGUGAUGAAAGUCUGAAAUGUACAUUUUUCAUGCCCAUUCUUAUCAAUUCCUGAUCAUUUUAAGGCUUUUUGAUUAAAACAAAAAAUUAAUACAUUAUCCUGUAAUUUAUCUUACCUAUAAAAAUGACUCCUAUGUAAUGAAUUAUUUAAAUUUUGAACUAUUAAUUUAAGAGACCCCUAAAUUAUUAAAUGAAGGCAACUUACAAACAAAAAAAGGUAGGAAGUCACUGCAUGGACGUACUUCUCAGGCUGGGAGUUGCCACCAUGAACAUUUGAUGGUCUUCCAAGAUGACACUUUUUUAAAUCAGCACAUCCUUUGUCAGACUACAGCCCGGCUGGUUUUCUUCUUCAGUUACUCUAAUCCCUUGAUGGCUGGACCCUUGAUUACCAUUUUACAUCAGCUCUUGUACUUUUCCAUAUAUUUUUGUAAUGAGUUAUAUUAUCAUUUAGCUCUUCUAACAACGCUGGAAAAUAGAAGACUAGGGUAAAUUCUUAAAUUUAGCUCAUGUUGAAAUAAAACUGAAAGAUCUUUUCUAAAUCUGAAUGUUUAGAACAGGGUGUUUGUAAAAUAUAAUUUCUUUGUAGCACUUAUUUUUGCUUAAGAGUUUGGACCACUCUUUUGGUUUUGUUAAAAUGUCCAUGAAAAAAAUGUUUACAGAAAACAUCAAACCUGUGCAAAAAAUAACAAUGUAAUGAACCUCUGUCCAGCUUCAAAACCUGUCAUCAAUUGGCCUCAAAAAUACAACUCAUUCCCACCUAGGUAGGAAGAACUCGGGCCUGUUUCCAUUUUGUUGCUCCUGCCCACAGUCACUAAGCUUGGUCUGCUGUCUAAGUAGCCAUCCAUGGGAGGUUCACUGUUCACUGGCCUUAUCAGGGCAGAGUUGACACUUUAGGUCUCUGAAACACGUUCCAUUUUCCCAAUAUUUUAUUAUUGAUCUUCUAAGGAACCUCUGUAGACAUUUUUUUCCUAACUGCCUCUCUCCAUGUAAUUUUAAUACCACACAUAUACUCUAUAUUUGUUUAUGUACGAAACUGUAACUAUAUCUGUGCUUGUACACAACAGAUGAAAACCAAUUUUCACCCCUUUGGGUGUGAUAUUGCCCUCAUUGAGAAUGCAUAGCUUUAUAGUAAUAAAUUUGUAAUUAUUUAACAUCUUA